AUGUUUGUCAAUGGCGCCGUGCUGUUUCAGGCGCUUCGAAUAGCACAAGCUGCACCAGCCGAUAUGCAAAACGCAUUCCUGUCAGACCUGUCAGGCUGUGGAGGCUGUAUCAGGUCGUUAAUUGUGGUUGGCGCCACUUUCUCUUUGUUAACGACUCCCACACAAGAUGUACUCCUGCUCUGGAGAUUAUUUGUGGCAUGGCAGCGUUUCUGGGUGGUUGCAGUCAUGGCACUCGUUAAAUUGGGUCUGAUCGGCUGCACCGUACCGGUGCUGGUGCUACUUACCAACCCUGACACCAUCUGGACCUCUCUUUACGUGUAUCAUCUCCUUGUGGCCUUUUCCGCUCUCCAUCUCCUUUUCAAUUUGGGCGUCACCUUUCUCAUUACCUACAAGCUAUGGUUAUUGGGUCGCGAGCUGGAAUACUUUUUUCCAGGGAACAGCAUCCAUCACUCAGGGCUCAUGGACAUGAUGGUUGACAGCGGGUGCCUCUAUACUGUUGCUACAGUGAUCAACUUUGCGCUCGUUGUCCGGAAAUCGCCUGCAGCGUACAGUUUCACAAAUAUUCUCACUCAAGUCGCGGUGCACGUUCAAAGUUUUCACGUUACGCUCACCUCGCUGCUCAUCAUCCUCCGCAUCGGCUUCUCCUGCUCUCCGAACAGACCAUCUACCUUCCCUUCUCCCACCACAAUCGCUCGACCUUCCCUUGAUCGGCACACAACUCCCGUUAUCGCAAGCACACCCCCGCGUCAGACGAAGCUUCAACGGCGUGCAGCCGAACAGGCUCGCAGACGUGAAAUGCAAUUGGCCGUCGCACGGCAGGUCGAAUUUCCAGAUGCGAUACAAGCACCGAGCCUGGGAGACUUGGAGAGAAACAACAUCGAGCUAGUAGAGAUGCCGAGAGGGAAAUACGAUAAGAAUUUAAUAAUUCGAUAG